CAAACAACAUUUGGAAAUCAAAAGGAAUUUGUCUGAUAUUCAUCUUAAAUAAUUCCACAGAAUAGUUUUGCUCUACGUAACACGUAAAAAACAAGUCAUUUCCUUUUUCGAAAAUAAAUUUCUUCUUUAUGAAUUUUAUGCCAAACAAAUUCCUUUUGAAUGAAUUAUAUACCUGUUCCAAUUACAACAUUCUAGUACCAAUUUUGUACCAGAUAUUCAGAAAAAAGUCAUACUGUAUUUUUUGGAGCACUCUGUAUUUGAAUGAAUCGUUUCUUUCCACACUUUCAAAAGGUUCAGGAGUUGCUUUUUGCAAUGACGCACGUGAAUGGAACUUGAGCUCUGUCGCAUGUGAUGAAGUAAUGUGUCAACAUCCUCCUGAUAUCUUUGGCGCAAAUGUUUCCUUCAGUGGCGUGACUGUUGGGUCCACAGCGAGCUACUCCUGUUUAGAAGGUCAUCGCCUGAAUUCCUCUUCCAAUACAAUUGACUGCAAGGCAGAUGGGUCUUGGUCGGACAGUAGCGAUGUCAAAUGCACAAUGGUCACGUGUGAUGUUCCCCCGACAGUCGACGGCGCUGUUGCGAGCAUUGUGACCCCUGGAACGUUGUUCGGAAAUGACGUCAGCUACAGCUGUGAGCCUGGACGAACACUCACGACUCCUUCCAACUCCAAACUUUGUACAGAGGAUGGUUGGGACGAUACACCAGUCGUUUGUGACACCGCCAAUAACUCGAUCAACUGUGGGGAUGCGCCUGUGGUCGAGUACUCUGUGCGUACAAUUACGUUAAACAAUGGACAGCACACUGUGAGCUAUCAAUGCAACACUGGCUUCAGACUGGAGAGUCCUGAAGCUACAACAAAAACAUGCUCCAGUGAAGGAUGGAGUACAGAGCCUGUGAAAUGUGUACCGGUAAGAUGUGGGGCCGCUCUCGAAGUCUCAAAUGCCGACGCCAGCGUCAUUAAUGGUAUUGUUGGACUUGAGGCAAUCUACGAAUGUCAUCCAGGUUUCAAGAUGAAAACAACGUCCCAAACUAAGUAAGAAACAUGGUCUCAUAUUGUUUUUCUUCUCUAUGAAUACAACCUAUGCUGCCAAUCAUAUCUUUACUCUCGCCAUCAUGACAUUUGCCACCGAUAUUAUCGAGGUGAGUUUUUGCUGAGACCUUUGAUAUGUCAUCACUCUUAUGAUAAACACCAACAACACCCACACACCAUGAUGAUACUUGAGCUCAUAAGUAUUUACAUCUA